AUGGCUUCCAUCUACAAGACGGCAGCAGCAGUUUGCCUCGCACUCUACGCCUACUUAGCGGCCAACCUGGCCCGUAAUGGAAAGCUUCCAGUUCACAUCAGUGAAGUCACAAAGGACAGCGCUCUUGUCUCUACCUUGGGGGAAGAAGUAGAAGGCGAAGAACCGCCCACUGCGGAGAAUUGCACUGCACUGAUAACCUCCGAACUGAAGGGGAACUUCCAUUACAGUUUCGCGUAUGAGGCCGAAGCAACAGCCAGUCCCGACUACCGCCAGUUACUGCAGAAGGCCCUUCAAGCGGGAUUGACAGUCUUCGAUGAGGAGUAUUUCAACGGACUUAUGGAACGAACCACUGAAUUAAAAGAUAUGACAGAAGACGACCUGAAGAAUUCGGUUGGAAAUGGCCCUGCAGCAACGGUCUCUGCCAUUCUAAUUGCCGGUUUGGUUGCUAUGCUGACAGCCGUCUCUCCCUAG